AUGGAGAAGACACACGGUUGGGAGUAUGUCCGCAGCAGACUUGGUCACAAAGACGAGGCGACUUCUCAAUACCCCGUCCUGACCAGCGACGCCAGCAAGCAGGCCAUCCACCCGGGUAGCAGCUUGACAAUCCGGACUGUUCCAGCACCACAUGAUGUCGAAUCAGACCCGGGGAGUGGGUUCCCCACCACUCGAGGUUUGCGCUCUGGCAACCCCGGGCAGUCCAAACAGCCGGGAAAGCGGUCGGUCAGGUUCUCCAGGGAAUCUGAUGGCAGCGACGAGGAAGGUGAACCUCCAAACAAGCGGAACAAGGCUCCUGAUGGGAAGACAGAUCAAGCAGGAGACCCCAAGAUGAUCUGCCCGUUCCGAGCUGAACAUCCGGAAAUAUAUGAUUUGGCCCGUCAUCAGAAGUAUCUCAGUUGCCACACAGAACACGAAAAUAUCUCCACAGUAGUAGACAGUCUUCCCGUGGAGGGUGCUGGCUCAAACGACAGCGGCAUUGACCAGGUGUCCGACGCAGAAGGUGAAUCUGACGAAGACAUGCCUCGGAAUAACUCGAGAGCGCAGUCAUACUUCCGUGGGGACGAUGUUGUCAGCCGGAGCGAGCACAACGCUCUUAUGGCGAGAGUCUCAGCUCUCGAGAGGAUGUUCCAGCCAGCGAUCCCACAAGCUACGCCCAGAACUAUGCCAAAUCAGCACGAGACGAUGUCACAUGCAUUGAUGUCGUCUUCGGCUACAACUGGCCAUCCGCAGGCCCAAGCCAUGGGCCACUACACGUUUGAUGGUGGCCCACAACGGUACACCGCGCAGGGAAGAGGUGCCUCUGGAGAGCCGCGGGCCCUCAUGGGGGGCACGCAUAGACGGCCGGUCGACUACACGGACCAGGUGGGCUUCAACAUGGACACUGACAGAGUCAUGGCCGACUACCAUCCCUCUGUUUCGAGGAGGUCAGACAGCAUGUCAACCGUCCACCGUACUAGCCCCGUCACCACCACCCAUCAGCACUAUGAGUCACUCGACGGGCAACCCAGACCUGCGGCAUCGGACUCGGCCUACGGGACGGCGUCCAACGCUGGGCCAACACAGACAGGCGGCGCGGCCAACAUGACCACCCAGCCAGGGGGCCAGAUGGGUGGUGGCGGCGGCGGCGAGGAUGACUACGGGCAGGAGGGUAUCUCCCAGGCGUCCUCUAACACGCGGCUGAUUAACCAGUUCAUGCAGGCCGAAGAGCAACGUGAGGCAGUCAUGGGGCGGGCGAACUUCUUCAACCCUGAGACGGACGAUCUUUCCAACUUUCUCAACAUGGACUCGCAGUAA